UCUGUUUUAAUGUUGGCACAACGAGCUUUGCACGUUGGCGCCAUCUGACCAUAAUCAUACGCAAACAAAUCUGAAGCUAACCUCAACCGAAUCGCACGUGCUAUAUGGCCGAGCAUUGUGUUAUAUUUUCAAAGUUCUUUCAAUAAACAGUGCCCGAUUAUAGGGCAUUGUUUACCCAAGUGAUUGCGUCGAUCGCCUAAAAUUAAGAGUAAGAAAAGAUACGUGUUAAUUCAUCAAAAUGACGGAGGUACUGCAGCCCGGUAACGACACACUUUCAGAGAAGAAAAAGAAAAAAAACAAGGAUGGUGUUUCGUUGGGAGCUUUUCAGACAAUUGGCGACUUCAAAAUCGAACCUUCGGAGAGCGUGAAGAAGCUGGACACCGCUUACUGGCCUUUGUUGUUGAAAAACUUCGAUCGCUUAAAUGUGCGCACUAACCAUUACACGCCGCUACCAUUCGGCAACUCGCCUUUAAAACGCCCCAUCUCUGAUUACGUCAAAUCUGGCUUCAUCAACGUCGACAAACCGAGCAACCCCAGCUCCCACGAAGUAGUUUCAUGGAUAAAACGUAUUUUAAAAGUCGAAAAGACUGGUCAUUCGGGCACGCUCGAUCCGAAAGUUACGGGUUGCCUUAUCGUUUGCAUAGACCGCGCCACGAGACUCGUCAAAUCACAACAGAACGCUGGCAAAGAGUAUGUAGCCGUUUUCAACUUGCAUUCAGCCGUAGAGAAUAUUCAAAAAGUCACACAGGGCUUGGAGAAGCUGCGUGGAGCUCUAUUCCAGAGGCCCCCGCUUAUAUCGGCCGUGAAGCGACAACUGCGUGUCAGGACGGUGUACGACAGUAAACUCCUGGAUUUCGACCAGGACAAGAAUAUUGGGGUGUUCUGGGUUAGUUGCGAGGCUGGAUCGUAUAUCCGGACGAUGUGUGUGCAUUUAGGUCUGAUGCUUGGCGUCGGAGGUCAGAUGAUCGAACUCAGACGAGUACGGUCCGGCAUUCAGGGCGAGAAGGAAGGCAUGGUCACGAUGCACGACAUCCUAGAUGCACAAUGGUCGUAUGAAAACCACAAAGACGAGACUUAUCUUCGUCGAGUAAUCAAACCUCUGGAAGGCCUCCUGAUUGCUCACAAAAGGAUAUUUAUCAAAGACAGCGCUGUUAAUGCUGUUUGCUACGGAGCCAAAGUGCUGUUACCAGGUAUUUUAAGAUACGAAGACGGCAUCGAAGUUGACCAAGAAAUCGUAAUAGUCACCACUAAAGGUGAGGCAGUAGCGUUGGCCGUUGCUCUGAUGACCACGUCUACGAUGGCCUCAUGCGAUCAUGGUGUAGCCGCGAAACUCAAGCGUGUCAUAAUGGAACGAGACACGUACCCCAGAAAAUGGGGUCUCGGACCGAAAGCCUCACAGAAAAAAAUCCUCAUACAACAAGGGAAACUUGACAAAUAUGGCAAACCAAAUGAGAACACACCAAAAGAAUGGUUAAACAGUUACGUCAACUAUAAUGUUAAGAAAGAACCGGAGAAUGGUGACGGUGUCGAGGAAGGCAGCAGAAAGCGAACGGCAAGCACAGCUAACGCAGAAGAUCCCGAUGUCUCCAUAGAGGUGAAGCAGGAAAAGAAGAAGAAGAAGAAAAAGAGAGAUAGUGAAGCCCCUGCCGAAGCAGACGCCACUAUGGACACAUCGGAGUCACCAGAGACAGCAGAACAACCAGCAGAUGAUUCUGUGCGCAAAGAGAAGAAAAAGAAAAAGAAGAAAGAUAAACAAGAGGUUGAUGAAUGAAUUUGAUGUUGCAAAACAAACAGUUUGUAGAUUUUAAACUGAGUUACGUUUAGAUUUGAAAGACAACAUUGUACAGCUUAUAUUAAGAAAUUGCGUUUUUUGAAUUCGACAUACAUUUAUCAGUGAUACAAUAAUCGGAUAUAUAAAUGUAAAAAGUUGGAGAUUUCAUAUUGAAUUAACAGAAACAAGAUUAAUGAAAUAAGUAUUAUAUUCGUAGCAGAAGGUAUUUUCACAAAAUUAAAUGUAAUUAAUCUAAUUUGUAAUUAGAGAAAAAAAAUUCCCACCAUCUCUUAUCAAUAAUAUGUAUGGAAAUUUAAAAACAAAACUGCUAUGUUAAGUAUAUCAAAUUUAUUGGUAAAAUGGUACCCUUUAUUGGAAAAAUUUUGAAAACUAAACACAAAACUGGAUUAUUCAAAAAGUAUCUAAAGUGAACAUUUAAUAACAAGGCAAGUUUAGGCAACUAGGAAAAAUACUGAUUACCUUCAAAUUUAAUUAAAUUUCAAUAUGGCUGCUUUUCACGAGGGCCUUGACCUUGUCUCUCAGCUGAUUCUGACAAUUUGGUUACAUUGUGUGUUGUCAAGAAACUUCAAUAAUAGUAAUUUUAAUUUUGAAUAUUAACUUCAAAUCAAACUAAACUUUAUGUUUUAUUUUACUGAAAUAGUUUCUUUACACACUAAGAAUAUUAAGUGUAAUUACGAAGUAACAUGUACCCAUAAAUAUGUCAUAAGAAAUGGACAUGGUAUUAAUUGAGAAUGGUUCUCUUUUAAGCGUAAAAAAUAUAAGUAAAUUCAAAUUUUGAUGUAGUUCCGUUUGGAAUGGACAAAUGUCUAUGGCGUUUACAAUAUUUUAACUUUAGCAAUAUGUUACAUUGUGAUUUAGCACGUAAACUACUUAAAAAAUACUGUUUUUUGAAGUUAUACUUUUUAAGGCGCGUUAUGAAAAAUUGAUGAGAGUGAAAUUUUACGAUGCGCGCGCACCGUGACACAAAAUUAACAGAAUGAAGUUGUCCACUAAAUCGCUCAUUACAAUACAACCGACGUAACUUGGCGAGUCUGAAUAUAGCCGCAGGUGAACUUUCCGAACCGUACCGAGAAUUACCGAAUUUAUACGAUGUCAAGAAAAGGGAUGUCAAAUAUGCGUGUUUGAGGAUGUUGUUUAAUCGAUUUUUUUCAAAUUGAUUAAAAUUUAAAUAAAAAAAAAAAAAUAAAUUUAAUAAAAAUAAAGUAAAUCUUCUUACGCGCGUACAUAAGUACACGCACCCUUUUAUAUGUCUAAUCUAUUGUGUCAAAGAGAGUCUUAAACAUUGUCAAAGAAUAUAUGAGUCGUCUAUUAUCAAAGGUGGCAAUCAUUUGGACAAAAAUUUUUUAUUGAUAUGUCAAUACAGAUUGAUUUGAAUAUAAUCGUCUCCUUCAAAGAAUACGGUUCAAAACCUGCAUUAAAUAAAGGUUAAUAGUUAACCUAUUAUUAUCUAAGAUGUCGUUCCGAAGAGUUUUGUGACUGCCAAUGGAAUACAAAGUCAAUAAUUCGUUUUUCUGAUUUACCAAUCAUUGUCCAAAAGUCAGAUUGCCGGCUUUGAUAAUAGUCGACUCAUAUAUUCUAAUCCACAUUUAAUUGAGUAGUUAGUAAUCUUUGACACUAUUGUUGUGUUACAGAUCCAAUUUGAUAAUCCUAUGCGUGUUCUAGCCACACACAACUCGACAAAAUCUUUUGUGAUUUUUUUUAUAUGAAUAUGCAUUACAUAAAUAGAGUAUGCAUGUAUAAUAAUAACUCCCAACUGCUCCAGACUCUCUUUUAACCGAGCUGAAAUCAUUUGCCUCAAAAAAAAAGGUUAGUCAUUUCCGUUCUAAAACUCCAAUCCAUAAAAUUGCAGAACUCAAUGCUCAAAUUGCUAAAGUUAAAAUUUUGUAAUUUGUCGUCGUUUAUUAAAACAUUGUACAUUGUUAAGAUAGUUUAUAAGAUUAGUUCAUAAGUGGUACGAAUGAAUAAUGAGGAAUGAUGUUUUUUUUUUUCAAAAUAAAAGUCCCUAACAACUCUUUUGUAUUUUUUAGUGCUUAAACUUAGAUUCAGAAACAAAAACCUCAAAAUACAUAUAGAAAAUUAUUGAACGAUAAAACAAUUUAAAUUAAUAGGAAAACUGGCAUCUUUCAAUGCAGUUCUUGUCCAUGUCUAAUAACCAAUUUUUGAAUUAUUUUGAUAAUUUAAUACAUUUUCUUGAUAAUCUAUCCUUUAUGUUGCCAUAAAUUCAGUCUAUUUGCCAAGCAAUAGAUCGUAAUGGCUAGGCCAUGUUUGGCGAUAGGAUAGUCUGUGGUGUUUUUGUCCCAAUAAAAAAAUAACUUAACAUUGCAUUUAUGAUACGGGUGUAAAUAUAUUUUAUUAUUUUUCAAUAAUAAUAAGCCUUUCCCAACAAUAAAGGCACAAUGGUAGAUAUAAUAGUUUUUAUAAGUAUAUAUUAUAUACAUAAAUCUAUGCGACUGUAUUUAGUUAAGAUUUAUAAAAAUAAAAUUAGAUUAUAGGUUAUACGCGGGUUUGCGUGUAAAAUCUAUUUUGCAAAAUUCUGAUCGCUUCGCAUGCCGACAAUUUUUUAAUUAGGUGUCGUAAGCUUAAAACUAAAAUAAAAUGCACUAUAUUUUAUAUAAUUAUAUUGUUCCUUUGUUUUAGAAUUAGUUUUUUUUUUAAUCAUUUUGAGCUGGUGAAAUUUAGAUUAGAAUUUUAAAUGUCAUUGACGUAUUUAAGUCUUUGAUUGAAAAUGCUUACCCCUCGUAGAAUAUGUAACACUAACUAAUCUAACCAUAGAUGAGACAUAUUAUUAUAUAGACAGCAUAACACUGGUGGAAGAUAAAACGUAUUUACGACUUUGCGUCUCACUCAGUCGUUCGUGACCUUGGAAGUAGUAAAGAAAAGAAAGAUAAGAUAAAUAAAAUUACUUUACGGCUCAUUCAAACGCCUGUGACCACAAAAACUGAAGAAAAAAACCCCGGAAAUACCUAAUUUAAAAUGACAAUAAAAAACAAGAGGUUAAACCGUGAAGUUGUAUUAAAAAAAGCAUUUAAGCUUAAGUUCAAGUGAAGUUCUAAAAGUCUAAAUAUAAAUUUUAAAUCCAAUAUAAAUCCAAUUAUUUGAGGGUUUGAGACCUCUUGGAGUCAAUAAGGUAUUUAGUUUUGUCAGAUGGUAAGUAAAAUAUCAUCUUGAGUUUAUAUUUGUAAGUACGUAAUGGAAGAAGAUUUUUGUGACAUUGAAAUAAACUAUUUUUAAGGAAAAA